AUGGGGCCGGCGCAAGGCGGGCCUGGCAAGGCCGGCGUGCGCGCCCUGUCGCGGGAGGCCUCCCGGGCCGCAGCCCCCAAGCAGGAGCGCAGCGGCGGCGGCGCCGCCGCGAGGGCGCCGCCGGCGCGGCGCAGCAGCAGCAAGCAGCGCGCGCGGGGUGCGGCGGGCGCCGCGACGGCGGCGGCGGCGGCAGGGGCUGCGGUGCGGGAGUCUCCGUCGGGGUCGCCGCGCGGCGACUUCGUAAGCUGCGGCGGCGGCGGCGGCAGCGGCACGGGGAGCUCGCGCUCGUCGGCCCGCGCGUCUGGCCGGCAGCGGCCGGUCUCCGCGCCGGUGGGGACGCCGCGGCAGCAGCAGGCGUUGCUGCAGAAAGCGCAGCAGCAGGCGGAGCGCAUGGCAGAAGAUACCCCGGACGGCGGGAUAGCGGACGGCGGCGGCGGCGGCGGCGGCGGCGCGGGCGAGGUCGCGUGGGAGGAGAAGCAGCGCGGCCGCCUGAUGGCGGUCGCGCGCGCAGUGGGCAGCCUCAAUCGCUCCGCGCUGGGGCGCCUGCAGGGGGAGUGGGACGCGCGGGCGUCGGCCCCGGGGCCGCGCGCAUCUUAUAGCGCGCUUUUUCAGGGGCUCGCAUCCGAGCCUGCGGCCGCGUCCGAGGACGCUCUCGCCGCGCGCCGCGCGCGCGCCGAGCGCGAGCUCGCCGCGUGGCGCCGCGGCAAGGCCGACGCCGAGGCGGCGGCGCGCGCGGCGCACGAGGCGGCCGUCGCGGAAGCCGACGUAAAGGAUGCGGCGGCGGCGGCGGCGCACGCGGCGGAGGUCGCGGAGCGGCGGGCGAGGGAGGGGGGGCACGCGGAGGCGGUGCGGCAGCACCAGGAGAGGGCGGCGCGGCUGCAGGUGGAGCACCGCACAGCGGCCGACGCGGCCAGGGCCGCGCACGCGGCCGCAUCUGCAGAGGCGCUGCGGCGCUGGGAGGAGCGGCGCCGCGACGAGCAGGAGGCGUGGCAGCGGCAGCUGGAGGCGGCGGGGGCGGAGCACGAGCGCGCCGUGGAGCAAGGGCUCUCCUCGAAUCUGGCUGUGUUUGUUGCACGCGCCUGGUCUGGCCGAUCCCCGGUUGCCAUUUGGAAGGCCCGGGAAGCGAACCAUGCCGCCAGGGAGGCCGCCGCCCAGGCAGCCGCCGCGUAUUCGUCCGCCCUGCGCGAGAACGCGCGGCGCCAGGCGCUCUACAGCGACGCGAAGGAGGUGGCGCUCGCUGAGCUGGCGCGCAGCAACCAGGCGGCGCGGGAGCGGGCGCGGGAGGAGUAUCGGCUGCUGCUGCUGCUGUCGCUGCUGCUGCUGCUGCUGCUGCUGCUGCUGCUGCUGCUGUGGAUGCUGUGGAUGCUGCUGCUGCUGCUGCUGCUGCUGCUGCUGCUGCUGCUGCUGCUGCUGCUGCUGCUGCUGCUGUCGCUGCUGCUGAUGCUGCUGCUGCUGUCGCUGCUGCUGAUGCUGCAUUGGCAGAACCAGUGCUGCUGCACUCUGCCGUUGUAUCCUGCCUCACACAAGUCACAUCUGACUCAAGAGCACCCCUCUCCCUCUUGGUCCGCGCGGACGCAGGCGCUGUGCGCGCAGGCCGAGGCAGAGCGCGCCGAGGCGAUCGCGCAACUAGAGACGGCCCACCAAGCCGAGCGCGCCGCUAUCGACGCCGCAAACGUGGCCGCGCUGGAGGCGGCGCGGCGCGACUUCUCGAGCGCGGCGGAGCGGCGCCGGGCGGCGCACUUGGCCGAGUGCGACGGGCUGGCGCGGGAGCACGGGCGGCGGCUGGCGGUGGUGCGAGCGCACAACGAUGAGAUCUGGGCGGAGGUCCGCGUCGCCCGCGCCGCCGCCGAGGAGCUCGCCCGCGCCCGCGUUUUCGCCGCCCACAUCCGCGCGCGCGCCGCGCGGCUCGCCAUCGGAGUCAACUUCCUCGACUGCACGCCCAACCUCGGACGCGUCGUCGAGAUGAGUGCGCUGACGUCAGCGCUGGCGCUGGCGUACCCCGAGCUGCCGCGGGGGUCGGCGCAGUACCCCUGGCCGCGGCGGCGCUCGCCCCAGGG